AUGGCCUCGGAAGAACAACACCUGGGCGGCGGGCUGGAGGUCAACACCAGCAACUGGGACGAACUCGUUGUGUCCGACAGUGCUCAGGUCAACUACUCACAGCCCGGCCUGUCUGACGCGGAAAACGAGCAAGAACUAGACAUGGAGGACCAAGAGUACACAACGGACGCGCCCCAGGAUGAGCAGCAGCCGGAAGACGUACCGCCUCCGAGUGAGGACGCCACAGCUGCUGCCGCCGCUCCGGCGGAACCGUCGUCUAAAUCAAGCAAGAAGAAGAACAAGAAGAAGGGCAAGUCAGGGCCCAAAUCGCCCAAGGAGACUGAGCUCGAGCAGCCCACAGCCGAGGAGCCGUCCUCGCCGAAACCAAAGGAGCAGCCCUCGCCCAAAGCAAAGGAGCAGUCCUCGCCCAAGUCCAAGAAGAAGAACAACAAGAAGAAGAAGGGCAAGGCCGGCGCCUCCGCAGCCGCGGCGGAAGCCGAGGCCGCAGCCGAUGAGUCUUCCACAGACGAGAACGCGGCUGAGCCUGCGAGCGACGCUGCCCCUGAAGAGACUGCUGUUACGACCGAGAAUGCCACCGAGCAAGAUACCCCUAAUGAACCCGCCACGACCACGACCCAGGAUGACACGACUAAUGCCGAAACCCCCAACCAAGAAAACACUGACGACCAAAAAGAACCAGAGGCAGCCGCGGCUGUCGAGGAAGCGCCCGCUGUGCCGGCCGCUGAAGACACCGCCGCCGCCGUCGUCCCCGAGACCAAGGAGGACGACGCCACGCCUGCUGAAAACGAACCUGCCGCCGUGGAUGACGCGGCUACGAAUCACGACGAUGCAAAGGAUGAUGCUGACAAACCGCCUGCUGAGGAGGUCAAGGAGGAGGAAACCGCUGCUCCGCCGGCGACGGAGGAGGUAGCGCCCGCUGCGGAGGACAAGGCCCCGGAAGCGACUGCUCCAGAACAGGAGGAGGCGCCCAAGCCCGACGAGGCCCCUGCUGCUGCGCCUGCGGAGGAAGCACCCGGUGCCGAGCCCAAGGACGAGGAGCCAAAGGCAGAGGUGGCCGAAGCUGCUGCUGAGGCUACGCCGGAGGACAACAAGCCUGCCGAGGAACCAUCUCCAGCAGAGGAGACGCCAACCGCUGAUGCGGAACCCGCCCCCGCCACGGAAGAGGCCGCUGAGGCUCCCAAGGAGGAGGAAGCUGCCACUACUGCCGCGCCCGCCGCCGAGGAGGAGACGCCUGCCGAAGAAGCUGUCUCAGCUGCUCCCGCUCGGGUCGAAGAGCCCGCUGCUGCUCCCGAGACUGAGCCCGCGCCGGAGCCUACCGUCGAGGAAACCAAGGCGGAAGAGCCCGCUGCGGCCGAGGAACCGGAAAAGCCUGCCGAGACUGCUGACGCGGCCGAGGAAACCAAGGUCGAAGCUCCUCCUGCCGAGGUUGUGGAGGAGAAGCCCGCUGAAGAAGCUGCUCCGGAAGAGACAAAGACGGAGGAGCCUGGUCCUGCUGAGGAGGCUACCGCUGAGGUCGAGCCCGCUGUCGCUCCCGCCACAGAGGAACCAGCCGCAGCCGACGACAAGCCCGCUGAGGUCGAAGCUGACAACAAGGACGAGGCCGCCACCGCCGCAGCUGUGGAGCCCGAAGCUGCGGAUAAGCCGGACGAGGUUCCAGAGCCUGCUGCGCCAGCAGAAGACAAGGUUGCCGAGGAGGCUGAGGCGCCAAAGGAGGAAGCUCCGGCCGUUGCUGAGGCUGCUCCUGAAGAGGCCCCCGCCGAGAAGGAGGCUCCUGCUGAAACCGCCGCUGUUGACGCUGAACUAGCUCGCGCUGCGCCGGCCGAGCCCGCGGAGGAGACCCCGGCCGUGGUCGAAGAGCCGGUAGCUGUUGUCGAUCCUGCCCCCGCUGACGAGCCUGAAGUGGCCAAGGAAGAGCCCGCCGUCGCUGAGGAGGCUCCCAAGGACGAUGCCGCGGCUGAUCCCGCUCCCGAAGCCGCCGAGGAAGUCGUCGAAGCCCCCGCUGAGACGACUGAAGAGGCCAAGGAGCCCGAGCCCGCUGCUGAGGAUCCCACCGCCGCUGAGCCCGAGUCUGCCAUCGAGCCUACCAAGGAAGAAGCCGCUCCUGCAGAGACAUCCACGGAGCCUGUCGUCGAGGCCGCCGCUGAAGCCGCCAAGGAACCCGAGGUGCCCGCUGAAGAGCCCACGGCCGAAGAACCACCCGCCGUGGAUGCUGCUCCCGAAACUGUCAAGGAGGAAGCUGCCCCUGAAGCUCCCGAGGCCCCCGUCGAGGUUGAGACUGCUGCUGAACCUACCGACGCCCCGGAGCCUGUCACUGUUGAGGCCGCUGAAGCACCCAAGGAAGAAGAGGCCGCUCCUGAGCCCGUCACAGAGGAAGCGCCCACCGCUGAAUCGGAACCCGCUCCCACAGUCCCUGCUGAAUCGACCGAGGAGGAAGUCCCCGCUGCCGCCACUGCCGAAGCCCCAGAGGCUGUCGUCGAAACUGCAGAGGAGGAGCCUGCUACAGUCGAGCCUGAAGCUACAGUAGAGUCGACUCCUGAGCCCGCCGCCGAUGAGGUUAAAGAGGACGCCGCCACCGAAGCCGAAGCUGCUCCCGAAGAGACCAAGCUCGAGAAGCCCGCUGCUGCUGACGAACCUGCUUCUACGCCUGAGACGGCCGCCGCGCCUGAUUCUGACGAAGUUGCCAAGGAGGUGGAGGCUCAGCCUGAAGCGGAGCCAGCUGCCGAAGAGAAGCCCGACGUCGCGGUCGAGGAACCUGCUGCUGAGGCAGAUGCUGUUGAGGAGCCUGCUCCUGUCGAAGAAGCUCCCAAGGAAGCGGAAGUUGAGGCCGAAGCCCUCAAGACCGAAGACGCCCCUGCUACCCAGGAAGCGGCUGUCCCCGCUGAGGCUCCCGAGGAGCCUACUGUGGAUGCCGUUGCCGAGUCUGCCAAGGAAGUCGAGGAGGUCCCUACGGAGGACGAGCUCGCUGAAGCUGCAACUGCAGAGGAGCCUGCUGCUACCGCCACAGAGGAGGCUGAGCCGGUACCUGCAGCAGAGACCACUGAAGACAAUGCCGCCGACACUAACGAAGCUGCAUCUGUUGAGCCAGAGGCUGCCGCAGAGGAGGCCGCCGCUACUACGGAGGUGGCUGAACCUGUCAAGGAGGAAGUCGAAGCACCAGAGGCUGACGCUCCCGCCGCCGAGGCCGAGGAAGUCGAGGCCGCUGAAGUCACUCCAGAGGCCGUCACCGCAGACGACGCCGUUCCCGACGACAAUGACGCAGAGCGAGAGCCUGCUGGUGAACCCACCAGUGAGGAAGCUGUGCCCGAUGCUCUGACGGAAGCUGUUGCCGAAGCUGCUGCCCCGGUCGACGCUGAGCAGCCCGUGGAAGAGACCGCUGAGGCUGAGACGGAACCUGCUGCGGAUGAGCCAGCAGUGGAGGAAGCUGAUUCCGCCACGCUCGAGGACGCCGCCGAGGAAGAGGCCGCUACCGCUGCCGCUGAACCGGAGGACGUGAAGGCUGAUGAGGCCCCGGACGCUCAAGAAGAGGCUCCCGCUCCUGAAGUUGAAGCCCCUGUUGAGACAGCUGCCGCCGAGCCUGAACCCGCUGCCGCCACCGAAGAGGAAACACCCGCGGUCGAGGUUGAGGAAGACGCUGUUGCGGACAAAGCUGCCGAGGAACCCGAGGAAGUGGCCGAGCCUGUCACGGAGCCCGAAGCUGCUGCCACGGAGGAUGUCACUGAGGAGCCUGCUCCUGCUGACAUUACCGAGGAGCCGGAAUCUCACGACGCUGAGAAUGCAGCUGACAUUGCCGCUGUUGCCGCUGUUGCUGGUGCUGCGACCACGGCCGCCGUUGUUGUCUCUUCUUCUGAUGACAAUGAGGAUGCUACUCUCGAGGCUGCUGAUGAGCCUGCUUUGGAAGAACCGGCUGCCGAGACCGCUGCUCUGGAAGAAGCUGUAGCAGAAGAAGCUGACGCUGCUCCCGAAGUGACUGAGGCUCCUGAAGAGGAGGAGGAGGCUAUCCCCGUCGAGGCCACUCCUGAGGCCGACGGCACUGAACCCGCAGUGGAGGAGCCGACCGCCACCACGGAAGUCGAGGCUGCUGCUGAAGUUGAGGCUACUCCUGAAGUCGAUACCGAAGCUCCCAAGGACGUCCCUGUUGAGAUUGAGGCUGACAUCCCCGUCGCCGAAGAAGACGCCCCGGAGGCAGAGCCUGAGACAGAAGCUGCCGAGCUUGCUUCUGCCGAGGUCGAUGAAGAGGUGCUUGUCACCGAGGAGACCGAGAAUGCUGAGGCUGUUGCGGAGGAACCUGCCGAAGAGGUACCUGUUAUCGAGGAAGCUGAAGCUCCUGAGACUGCAGCCCAAGCUGCUGCUGAGGAGCCGACUGCUGAAGAGACGCCGGUUGCCAAAGAGGUUGAAGCUCCCUCCGCGCCCGUUGCAGAGACCGUGACAGAAGAGCCUUCUGCCGCCGAGCCUGAGGCUUCUGCCGAAGAAGCCAAAGAUACUGAAUCGGACGAAGAGGCUGAUUCUAGCAACGAGGCCGCCAUUGCUGCCGCUGCCCUCGCCGCCGCCGCUGGUGGCGCCGCGGCCGUGGCUGCUGCCAAGCAUAUCCGCAUCCAGGAGGCUGACAAGGAUUCCGAGGACAAGAAAGGAAAGGAUCUGGACGAUGAGAGGACCAAAGGUGAGACCCAGUUAGCUGAUACCCAAGUUGAUGUUUUGCGCGUGAAUGAUACCCCAUCCAAUUUGGAUGUUGCUGUGGAGGUGGAGGAUAAUGACGUUACGGAACCUGCAAAGAAUGAUGAGGACAAGCUCGAAGAGUCAAAGGAGUCAGAGGCGUCGGAGACGAGCACCGUCGUCGCCGAGGAGCCCAAGGGUGAGGAGCCCGAGGUUGAGGAGCAUACCGAGAAGGAUCACGAUAUCAGCAAGAUCGCCGCGAUUGUUGCUGGUAGCGCUGGAGCUGCACUUGUCGUCGGUGCGGCCACUGUCGCCGCCGUUUCUCUGAACAAAGACAACGAGAACGGCCGUGCAGCAAAGCCUCAAGCAGAAGCUGAGCCCAAUGUCAAGGCAGCUGAGGAGCCUACUACAAAGGUGGCUCCUCUCGUUGAAGCUGAGUCUGCUGCGAAACCAGCUGAAGAGACCACGGCAAGAAAUAUUCCUGUCGCGGAGCCAUCCUCACCUGAGCCAGACACUGGCAAAGCCGACGACAAGCCUGCUGCUGAACCUGCGCCUGAGGCUUCUGCCGAGCCAGUCGCUGAGCCAGCUACUGAGCCAGCUGCCGAGCCAGUUGCGGAGCCAGCUGCCGAGCCAGCUGCCGACCAACCUGUUGAGGAUGCCACUCGCGCACAGCCAGAGAGCACAGCUGCAGCCAAAUCUACUGCUGCUGUCACAAGCGUAUGGCUACUUCUUUCCUGGGCUCUGAUGUUAGACGCUAACACAUCGCAGUCCAAGCCGACCUUCCUUGUUUCCCUGGCCCGGUUGAUCCUCUCGCCCUUCUCGUGGCUGCGCUCCAAGCUGUUCAAGACCAAGACGACGAAACAGCCAACACCCCCUACCGAGGGCAGCUCCUAA